AUCGAAACGAAGAUGCACCGUAUGUGAAUCGACACCUCACAGUGUUUGAAUCUCAAUGUCGUCCUCUUAGUAAGGGAAUUCCCGUGCCCCUCGAUGAAAAUACUCGGAAUAAAGCUGAGUGGUUCAUAUUGGAUAAUUCUCCAGAAACUGAAGUGUAUUUAGAGGAACACCUAACUGAGGUGCAACAAAGAGAUAUGGCUGCCAAUCAUAAAUUGAUACAUAAGAAAGAGUUUCGUUCAUGGUUUCAUAAGAAGAUAUAUGACUUGCACCAACUUGGGUCAUUAGAGCAUGCUGAUGAAUUACUAGCUUUAGCAUCUGGGUCAGAUCUAUUGGCUUACUCCUACCAAGCAUGUAUAGUGAACGGAGUUCGAUUUGUCUCAUACAAUCGAGAUCAAAAUCGAAUUACACAAAACAGUGGAGUGUGUGUUGCUGGAACAGAAGGUUUUAACUAUUACGGGCAACUUGAAGAAAUACUCCAGCUGUCUUUUACUGGUUCUUAUUCGGUGGUAUUAUUUCGAUGUAAAUGGUUCAAUACAGAUCCGAAAAAAAAGAAAACCAUCACUGUAAAUAAUAUUACUAGUAUCAAUGUUAGCGGUGAAUGGUAUAAAGAUGAACCGUUCAUACUAGCUAGUCAAGCAAAACAAGUAUUCUACAUCGAUGAUCUCGUUAGAGGACGAGAUUGGAAAGUUGUCCAAGAAGUGAAUCAUCGGCAAGUUUGGGACUUUCCAGAUGCUUCAGAUAUGAUUGCUGAUGUUGAUGUUGUACAUGACACCAACUCAUCGAAUUUUGUUUUGACUGUGGAUCUCGGAGAGUUGGUUGUUCAGCAAUCUGAUGUACCAGCAACACAAGUCAACACGGCCCAUCGACCUUCUUUAGUUGUUCAAGAAGAUGAUGGAUUUAUUAAUGACAAUGAAGAUGAUAUGGCAGACAGUGUAGAAGAAGCAGAAGAUGAGGAUGAAUUAAUUGUCGACCUUAGUGAUGAUAAUACUGAUGAUGUGUGCCCGAUAGAUGUUGAUGUAAUUAAUGAGGAUAGUGACUAUUCUACUUAGUUUUGUAUCUAGUGUUCAAUGUAU